AGUGGGGUGCGGGGGAAGCCGAGGGCUCCGGAGGAAAGGGGGCAGGGGAGGAGGAGACCCGGGAGCCUGCCCUGCGGGUGCUGGGGUACACGGCGGCAUCCCGCACCGUCUCGGGGCCCUUCCUGCAGAGGCCGCGGGCCGUCCCGCAGUCCUUCGUGCAUCUCCUUACUGGAGGCCCGGGCUCGCGCCCGGCGUGGAAGGUCAAGGGAAAGGGCAGUUUAAAGGUCAGCUGCACCUUCUAGACUGGGGAAAAGAUGGUCAACGUCUUGAAAGGAGUGCUGAUAGAAUGUGACCCUGCCAUGAAGCAGUUCCUGCUGUACUUGGAUGAAUCAAAUGCCUUAGGGAAGAAGUUCAUCAUUCAAGACAUUGAUGACACUCAUGUCUUUGUUAUAGCAGAGUUGGUUAAUGUCCUCCAAGAGCGAGUAGGUGAAUUAAUGGACCAAAAUGCUUUUUCUCUUACCCAGAAGUGAAAGUACUCAAUAUUGACCACUUAGGAAUUACAAGUAGCAAAUGUAAGAGACUGUCACUAUUCAGUGUCCUACAUGACAGAUUAGACUUAGCUGCUUAGUCGCAUAUUAUGGGAAAAACUGUGAUGUCAUUUGUUCAGAAAAAAGUCCCUGAAAUGAUUUUCUUGUUUUUUCGGUACAUGUACCCUAGAAUUUAAAAAAAGAAAGAAAAAACUUUAAUGAUUGUCUGUAAUUUGACUUUUAUUAUCCUACAUUAAAAUAUAAAUAUGAA